CUUAUUCAAAUAAUGAAAUACCUGCCUGUCAGAAGUGAGUUAAAACUUUCCAUGUAGGAGGAACAGCAGAUACAGGCUUCAAGCUGUUCAGAGGUAGCAAGGGAAUUAGAAAAACUAAAACCAUGACGUGUAGCUCUGUCUGAAGAGCAUAGGGACCAGGGGAGAGGAGCUGGGAGAGCUCUGAAGAGUAUAGGGACCAGGUAGAGGAGCUGGGGCAGCUCUGUCUGACGAGUGUAGUGACCAGGAGAGAGGGGAGCUGGAGGACAACAGUUCUGAGGGAAAGCUGCCAGUCUUCACUGCCACCAAGAUGAGGAAGGCAGUCUGGAGGAACAACUGAUGUAUAUCUCACAUUCUUUUAAACAGAAAACCUGAAGGCAAGCCAAAGUCUGGACUUGAGCAACCACCACCGGCUAUUACAAGACUUUGAAUCAUUCAAACAGAAAAUCUCGAGAGCGAACUUGGACUGGAGUCUGGGUGCGUAGGGAAUGGGGUUUCAUGACGAGAGGGUCCUGGUGAAGCCCCCCGAUGGUGGCUGGGGCUGGAUGGUGCUGCUCAGCUGCUUCGUCAUCACUGGGUUCUCCUACGCCUUCCCCAAGGCCGUCAGCGUCUACUUCAAGGAGCUGAUGAAAGACUUCCAAGUGGGCUACAGCGACACUGCCUGGAUCUCCUCCAUCAUGCUGGCGAUGCUCUACGGGACGGGUCCAGUCUCCAGUAUACUGGUGAACAAGUUUGGCUGUCGUCCUGUCAUGCUGAUUGGAGGUUUGCUGGCUUCAGCAGGGAUGGUCCUCGCCUCUUUCACCACAAACAUACUAGAACUCUACCUGACUGCUGGAGUGGUGACUGGUCUGGGUCUAGCCCUGAACUUCCAGCCCUCUCUGAUCAUGCUGGGCAGCUACUUCGACAAGCGCCGUCCCCUGGCCAAUGGCCUCGCUGCUGCCGGGAGCCCGGUCUUUCUCUCGGCCCUGUCUCCUCUGGGUCAGGUCUUGCAAGACCGGUUUGGCUGGAGGGGGGGCUUCCUCAUUAUGGGGGGGCUGCUGCUGAACUGCUGCACCUGCGGGGCCAUAAUGAGACCUCUGGAGUCCAGGAGACGGGUUCUGGCUUUGGGCACAUCCAGGGAUCCCCGGGAGCUGAGGGAGAUGCUGCCCAUGAAAGAGGGGGGGACGGCAGAGGACGAGAGGGUUGGAAAGAACAAGGUCAAGAAGCAGAAGAAGAAGCUCUUGGAUUUCAGCGUCUUCCGUGACCGAGCGUUUGUGAUAUAUACUGUAACAAAAUUUAUCACUGUCUUAGGACUGUUCGUACCCACAAUCCUCUUGGUGAACUACGCCAAGGAUAUGGGAGUCCCCGACCGCGAGGCUGCCUUCCUGUUGUCCAUCAUCGGGUUCAUUGAUAUCUUCGCCCGGCCCACCUGCGGGGUCAUUGCUGGCCUGAAGUGGGUCAGACCCAAGGUUGCCUACUUCUUCAGUUUUGCUCUGCUCUUUAACGGGCUCACUGAUGUUUGUUCGGCCAAGGCGUCGAGCUACACAGGGCUGGUAGUGUUCUGCAUGUUCUUUGGGGUCUCGUAUGGCAUGGUUGGGGCCCUGCAGUUCGAGGUCCUCAUGGGGAUCGUCGGGUCUCAGAAGUUCUCCAGCGCUCUGGGUCUGGUGCUCCUGAUAGAGGCGUUUGCGGUGCUGAUUGGGCCUCCCUCUGCAGGACGCCUGGUAGACGCCUUUAAGAACUACGAGCUGAUUUUCUACAUGGCCGGCUCGGAGUUGAUAGCUGCCGCUGUCUUCCUGUGCGUGGCUUCCUUUUGCUGCAUUAGUCGGGAUCAGCGCACCACAGAUCCGCCUCCAGGGGUGGGAUCAGAUGGUGAGGCACCGUACCCAUUGGGUGACUCUUCAAAUCCUCGCCCUGCCAAUAGCGAUGCUCAGAUGAUGGAUGAGGGCGAGGUUUUGCAGGAAGAGGAAAUGCGGCUGAAUCUCGAUCACAAAGUGGAGAGGGAGAGUUUUUAGAAAAACAAAGUGGUCUUGCACUGUUCAGUCAUUUUGAACAUGAAUUAGAAAUCAAAUAUGUUUAUAAUUAAGAGAGAGAGCAGAAAAGUGGCAUAUGCUCAUUGAUAUCGUUUUAGGAAUUUAAGAUUCGUUUUUAGAAAUAUGUCCUUGUGUUGUUUAACACUUUAGGCAAUGUGCUUUUAAUGUUAGCCUUAGGGCAAAAUUUCGGGGGGUGGUAUCUGGGCAGCUUAAUAAAUUAACGUUGAUCAUCAUUAACCUCCUAUUUAAACCCCAAUCUCACACUCCUUCUCUGUCUAGUGUUUUGCUUUCUUGCAUACACUGCGACCUGUUCUCUGCACAAAAUUUCAAACUCUUAAUUUUCAGCAUGAACCAACUGCAAUUCAGAUCAGGAAAACUCUCUGCCGGAUUCUCCUCAACAAUAUCUCAUUUAUUACUCCGAUGGAAACUCAGUACCGUCUACUUCUAAUGCAGACUUCUCCCAGCAACCAGACCUGCUGUCCCAGCAUUAUGAAGAUCAAAACACCCCGCCAGCAGGCACAGCCUUCAGAGCAGCUAUUUUAUAAGGAUUGGCUACUCGCCUAACUUUUAAAACCAUGCACGACAACAGUAUCAAAUUCCCGUCUGGAAGCGCUAGUAUGGCAUUGUUCAAUAUUUAUUGUACCUUUUAUAUCUGCUACACCAUGCUGCCUGUUUCUCAAGCACAUUCUAUCUCCCUCUGAGCAUUUAGGAUAAACAUUCCAACCACGAGGGCUAUUAAUGACAAUAAUCAAAUAUUCUACCCUGAAUCACUUUCUAAAGUUAGCGGUUUAUUCUAAUCAUAACCUCUAGAUGGCAGUAUAACACCAAGUUCUAUACAUUUUAGCGGAUCCUCUUUCAUUGAGAAAGUCAUGUAUUUUCAAAUCAGGAUCGGUUUCAGAGUUAAUAUUUCAUUCGAUGUGAGACACGUGACGGAUAUGGAAACCAUAUCUUACUAUUAUCAACGUUUCUGUCAUGGCGCCCUCCUACCCUGCAAUGGACAAUACACUGAUAGACUGCUCCUGAUAAAAUCAAUAGGUUUCACAGCAGCCUCAGAGCAAAGCAUUCUUCAACCUCAGGUUAUGCAGUGUUCUCAGAUCUUUGCAUUCUUUAUUUCUGCCCCAUCUUCAGCUCCACCUAAACCGCUUUAACACUCAAAGACCAAUAUCCACAUUCAGCAGAUCUCUGCGCUCUACAGCAGCCCACUGCACACUACCGAUUGGAAGUCCACCAUUCACUAGUACAGAUAACUGCUUCAGCAGAUCUCUGCUUUCUACAGCUGGGCCACUGCGCGCUACUGACAGCACUCAGCUCCUCACUACAGCAGAUCUCGACUUCCUCUUGCAGCACGCAAAAGUUACUUUAGUUUACAGCUUAAAUCUACAACUGUCCUCCUCCAGCGCUCCAGCUUACCUCCAAUACUCGGAUCAUGGCAGCCAUUUCUGCUUGACCUCCUCAGCAAUCUAGUCAUAUGUCCGCUCAUCCUUCCAAAUACUACAAACAUUAAUACAUGGUGAGAGGCAUGGUACGAGACUGGAAAUCUGUCGAUUAUGUGUUAAGGAGUUCCACUAUUAGGAGAAUGACUGGAGCUAUGAAACCCAAAUCUCUGAAAUGUGAGUUCACCUUUUCCAUUCCAAGCAGACAUGAUGGUAGCAAACCACUGAUCAAUCCCAAAUUAACUAACACAUAGGAUGGUCUCGCCACUUUUGUCUCCAGAACCAUCUUCUCCCCAAUCAUUUCCGAUCGAGCAGGUACUUCCGCAGCCAGAGCCAACAUCGAUAUCCGUCCGGUCGUGAAGCGUGGGGCGCUGGUCCUCUGCAGCAGUUGAUUCAUACAUCCGUUCAUCCCCUACCGACAUAGCAAAAUCCACCAGCUAGCAUGCCCGGAGUGGGGGCUACCUGACCGCAAAGGCUGCCAGAUGUUUUCCCCUCUAGGAAGGGUUUUUUUCCUCUCGACUGAGCGGCAGGUAAUCACAUAACCAUACCACACUAACACUAUUUUAACCUCUCCAGUUUGUCUCGUAUGUCCCUUCCUGUCCCAUCUUUUCCAGCUGUUUCUUUUCUGUUAUGCACUGGCGCAACUCUAUUGUUUGUCUCACGGUGAGCGUCUCUGCGGGGGAGCCGGGGGUCCAUCCUUUGGGAGAGUAAGUGCAGAUUCACUCCCCCGACCUCAUGUCGCGACAAUACUUUGACCUCGCUCUACGGGGGUUCUCACCGAGUGAGUCAGAGGGGACCCCCCAGCCACACUAUUCUUUCACAGCUCAUGCGCUUUUUCUACCUUGUCAUGUGAGGCGCGGUCCUUCAUUCGCUAGGGACAUGGCCCGCUUUAAGCUCUCAGUGCCCAGUCACAGACUAACCCAUCUUUCUGCCCCAGAUUCCUUGCGGGAGCUUUUUUCCGGCUUUGGAGGACUGAGCCUCACCUCAUGCAAGGGCAGCACCAGACCAGUAAAGGAAUGCUUUUUCUAUUCUCCUUUCAACCCCCAUGAUCGGGCGCCUCUGCCAAGCAGAGCAACAUUUAUAUGUUUUCAGAUCCUCAGGAACGCUACCUUCGACCAAGCUCCAUCCUCGGUAAAAGGAGGGCUCAGCAGUCGGGAUCUCUUUCUAUCUUAAUUUAAGUGGGGUCCUAUCUGGCCCAUCUAAGCCUCUGUCCUUGGCCCCCGUCUUACUAACAGCUCAUUUGUUUCCUCUGAUCUAUCCUUACAGCCCAGCAGACUCCCCGUGAAUUGGGCUACUUGUCUCCCCCUGCCCACUUCAACCUUUACCCCUUCCUUUAUCCCUCACUCCCAUUUCCUUCCUCACUCCCCCUCAGCACACAGGGUAGUGAUCAGUCCAAUUUGUUCAGGUCAUUUAAAUGUGUUCACUGGAUCUUCUGCUGAGUAUGCAGGAAUUGGAACUCAUUUGAGUUCUCUGGGAUUUUCUAGUCCCUAAGUUUUAAGCAUCCUGUAUUUUAUUGAUAAAACGUGUUAAAAAUGACAGCAACAUGUAGGAUGAUGCAAUUAUAGUGAUCUUUAAUGUAUAAAAAAAUUGUGGUUUGAUAUGGACUGAUAGUAACAGUACUGUUAAUAUGACUCUUAGGUAUGUAAUUUACCUUUUUUUUAAUGUUGUCUUGGCCAUACAAUAGAUGUUAGCAUUUAUAUAACAAGUUAUUUUACCUUUUUAAAUGUAGUUUCUUGGAAACAUCUGUAAAGAGGUACUUUUAUACAACCCGUAUUUUCAAAAUAUUUGUAUUUGCAUUGUAUUACCUGUUUAAUGCAUAAUUUCCUGUUGCUGUUUAUUCUGAGAUUGCUAAAUUAUGUUUAAAACUCCUUCUGGGUUUGUAACUGUAGUUCCCAGUGCAUCAAUACAACAGUUUUAAAGGGGGAA